AUGAAUAGUACACCACCACGAUCAGUCCCUUUUUGGUGUUCAAUUCGUGUUGCUGUUGCUUUUGUUGGAUUUCUGGGCAUGGUUGCACAUUAUUCACAAAAAAUUAGCGUUGGUAUUGCACUUGUUUGUAUGGUCAAUCAUACAGCUAUUAGUCAACACAAAACUCCUAUUGAUAUGCCAAUUACACAAGAGGAUAUUGAUUGCCCAUACGCAAAAAAUACAAUGAAAAUUGAAGGACCGUAUUCGUGGACAAAAAAUAUUCAAGGUAUUAUUUUAGGAGGAUAUUUUUGGGGUUACUUAAUUACUGAGAUACCCGGAGGAUAUAUGGCUGUUCGUUAUGGUGCUCGAUUUAUUUUUGGCAUCGGCAUGAUUAUUUCGGGUAUUUUCACCUUAUUAAUCCCGUGGGGUGCAAGUUUACAUUAUGGAGUACUUUGGGUUUUUCGAUUGAUCGUUGGACUUUCACAUGGAGUUAUAUGGCCAAGUAUGACUGUUAUCAUGGCACAUUGGGCACCACCUAAUGAGAGAGGAAAACUUGUUGGUUUUAUGAAUGCUGGCGCUCAAAUUGGAAAUGUCUUAACUUUAUCUAUCGGUGGACUGAUGUGUUCAUUGAAUUUUCUCGGUGGUUGGCCAUUAAUUUUCUAUUCAACAGGUAUUAUUGGUCUAAUAUGGGGUAUAUUUUGGAUUUUAUUUUAUGCGGAUUCACCUCGUGAUCAACGCUGCAUCAGUAAUGAAGAAAAAGAAUAUAUUAUUGAGAGUACUCAAAAACAAUUAGCUGGCCAUAGUAAAAAUGAAUUUGAGGCUCCGUGGAAAGCUAUUUUAACAUCGCCUGCUUGUUGGGCACUUUUUACUAUUCAUACAUGUAAUAAUUGGGGAACGUAUACAUUUCUUACAUCAAUUCCAAAAUAUAUGGCUGAAGUAUUAAGAUUUGAUAUUAAAUCUAAUGGUUUACUUUCAUCAUUACCUUAUAUUAUGUUUUGGAUUAAUAUAAAUCUAUCUGGUGCAAUAGCCGAUAUGAUUAUUCGCAAGGAGAUUUUAACAAGAACACAAACAAGAAAACUGUUUAAUGUAUUAGGAAAUAUACUUCCAGCAAUAUUUGUUAUUGCUUUAGCAUUUAUGACAUGUAAACUCAAAUAUACUGCAGUAGUUUUAUUAACGUUUGGUGUUACAUUCACAGGAUGUUGUUAUGGCGGAGGUUUUAUGUUAACCGCAAAUGAUAUUGCCCCAGCCUAUGCUGGUAUUGUUUUCGGUAUUUCAAAUACAUUUGCUACAAUACCAGGUAUUGUUAGUCCUUAUAUUGUUGGAGCGCUUACGGAAAAGGAUUCCAACAAUUGGCGUAUUGUUUUUUUCAUUUGUGCAGCAAUUUACAUAAUUGGCAUGAUAGUAUUUCUAUUCAUUGGAUCGGGUGAUGUUCAACCAUGGGCAACUAGACAAAAAACUGAGGCAACUACAUCUGAACAAGUUCCUCUAUCAGCGAGUGAAAUUUCAUCCAAGAAUAAACAAAGUGAACCAUAG